AUGGUUGCGAUAUUUCUCUCUCUUCUUUUAAUUGUUCGAUUCGCUGUUGCAAUUGCUCAACAAGGAAAUCCCAACAUUAGCCUGGGCUCUUCCCUUUCUCCAAACACCAAUCCAUAUUGGUUAUCAGGUUCUAGCCAAUUUGCUUUUGGUUUCUAUGAGGAAGAUGAUGGCUUUGCCAUACGCAUCUGGUUGGAAACAAUUCAGCAAAAAACAGUCGUAUGGACUGCGAACCGGGACAAACUUCCGCUUCCAAAAGAUGUCACAUUGCGUCUCACAAAUGAUGGCAGAUUUGUCUUGGAACAAGAACAAGGCCAACAAACUGCUCUAGCUAAUCCUCUGCAGCCCGCUAACUCUGCUUCCAUGCUCGAUACCGGAAACUUUGUCCUUUACAAUUCAGACUCAGCCAUCAUAUGGCAGACUUUUGAUUCUCCAACAGACACUAUUUUACCUGGUCAACCUCUCUUCAAGGGGAACGAGCUUAUCUGCAACAUCAAUGAGACAAGUCACGCAAGUGGAAACUUUCCACUGACAAUGCAGGAGGAUGGGAACCUGGUGCAAUACCCAUCAUACAUUCCACAUAAAUCAGAGUAUGCUUACUGGGCUUCAAAUACACGCUUAGCUAGAGAGUCUCUCUCUCUUGAUGGUAAUGGUCAGCUUUUCAUACUUGAUUCUGCUGGCUUCAAUAUCAAGAAUUUAACCGGCCAAGGAAACACCUCUCAUAAUUUUUCUUUAUAUCGUUUGAAGUUGGAUUUUGACGAAAUAUUGCGGUUAUAUUCUCAUGGCUUGAAUCAAGAUGAUGAUGAUUGGUCAAUUGAAUGGUCCCCUUCAAGCAAUAAUUGUGAUCCUACUGGUCUCUGUGGCCUAAAUGCUUAUUGUACCGUACAGGAACAGAAAGCUGUAUGUACAUGCCUUCCUGGUUUUGAUUUCUCAGACCGAGGACAACAUAAUUUGGGCUGCAAGAGAAAUUCCAGCACAGAUGGUUGCACGAGCAAGAACGGAGAAACAGUUUAUACUCUUCAGGAAUUGGAAAGUGUUGAAUGGGAAGACAACCCCUAUUCUACUUUGUCAUUGACCAAAACUAAUUGUGGAGAGAACUGCUUGAAAGACUGCGAAUGUGUAGCCGCGCUAUUCAAAGAUGAGGAGUGCAGAAAACAGAAGUUUCCGCUAAGAUUCGGGAGAGAAGGACAAGGUAAUUCUGGUUCUACCAUAAUCAAGGUGAUAUUUGGGAGUUCCGAAGCAAAACAGGUAAGUAGGGGAAGAAUGAAACAACUGAGAAUGGGCGUCGUAAUUGGCAUUUUGGCACUUUUAAUUGUGUUAGGAGGUUGUGUGGCUUUACCGCUACAAAUUGUGCUAGCUCUUUCUGCAUUUCUGAUCUUGCGAUACCGUCGUUGGUCAUUCAAAAAGGUUAUGUACGAAGUUAAUGAAGGAUUUAUUGAGGAUGUCUCUCUACGAGCAUUUACUUACAGUCAACUCGAAGUUGCAACGAAUGGCUUUGUCGAACAACUGGGAAGGGGCUCUUUUGGGAUAGUUUUCAAGGGUGCUUUAUCAAAUGGGCAGAGGAAAAUUGCUGUCAAGAGACUUGAAAAAGUGGCGGCUGAAGGAUACUUGGAAAUCCGGAACGAGAUGAGGUCUAUUGGAAGAACCCAUCAUAGAAACCUAGUUCAGCUACUAGGUUACUACCAUGAUGGUCCCAACAGGCUAUUGGUGUAUGAGUAUAUGAGCAAUGGAACGCUGUCUGACUACCUUUUCAAAUCUAAAAUAAAGCCAAAUUGGGAAGAAAGAAUUAAAAUCUCUUUAAAUAUUGCUAUAGGGAUCCUCUACUUACAUGAGGAAUGCGAGACUCAAAUUAUUCACUGUGACCUUAAUCCCAACAACAUAUUAAUAGACGAGCAGGGGUGUGCAAAAAUUGCAGAUUUUGGAUUGGCAAAGCUAUUGAUGCCAGACCAUUCCCGGACUCUAACCGGGAUAAGAGGAACAAGAGGGUAUGUUGCCCCUGAGUGGCACAAGAACUUGCCCAUCACAGUAAAAGCAGAUGUGUAUAGUUUUGGAGUUGUAUUCUUGGUCAUUAUAUGCUGUCGCAGGAGCAUUGACAUCAAUGCUCCCGAAGAAGAGGCUAUUCUUGUUAACUGGGUCUACGACUGUUUCAAGGCUAAUGAAGUUAGCAAGCUGGUGCCUGAAGAAGUUGAUCAGUGAUGCUUGGAGAGGAUGAUUAGAAUUGGGUUGUGGUGCAUAGAAGAAGACCCAGCAGCUCGCCCUCCAAUGAAGAAGGUGGUUCAGAUGUUGGAAGGAACCGUAGAGAUACACGAACCUCCAUGCGCACAAUCUUCAUUUCAGCAUUAGUUCUUCAUUACACAUAAGAGUGAAGUAUUUCUUUUUUUUUUAUUUUUUUCACCAUAAAACUCGAUUUGU